AUGAACUCUAAAAUUGGCACAGGAGAUGAUUGUGUAUCUAUAGGCCCCAGCACUUCCAACUUGUGGAUCGAAAACGUCUCAUGCGGCCCCGGCCAUGGGAUCAGCAUUGGGAGUCUUGGCUGGGAUUUGCAAGAACCUGGAGUGCAAAAUGUGACAGUUAAAACAGUUACAUUUACAGGAACUCAAAAUGGGGUGAGAGUGAAGACAUGGGCGAGGCCAAGCAAUGGAUUUGUUAAAUAUGUUCUUUUCCAGGAUGUUGUCAUGGUUAACGUUGAAAACCCAAUAAUUAUUGACCAAAAUUACUGCCCCGACGACCACAAAUGCCCUGAUCAGGUUUCAGGUGUGAAGAUUAGUGAUAUAACAUAUCAAGACAUACAUGGAAGUUCGUCAACAGAAAUUGCAAUGAAAUUCGAUUGUAGUAAACAAUAUCCAUGCAAUGAUGUUACAUUGGAAGACGUUAACCUGACUUGCAACAAUAAACCAGCUCAGUCGUCAUGCAUUAAUGCCGAUGGGAAGUCUUCCAGUUUCGUUCAACCAAAUAGCUGCUUGUAUAAUUAG